UUCACAGAGUGCAGAGAGGAAUAUUCUUUUAGUCGCUCUUGCCUUAUUACGACGUCUCCUGGAAUUAUAAUCUCCGUAUUUUUCGCAUCACUUUUUCUUAAUUCGGGUAGUUAAUUGGUACGAGUUGACUCUCGGUGAAGAACGAGCAUGUGAAAAAGUGGAGGUGAUUGCUGAUUGACCUGAAGUGAGACAGCUGGAACGAGGAAAUGGACGUUAGGAUGAGUAUAUCAACGAGUUCAGUGUUCCCCUGCUCUCGAAUGAAAGUGAUGAGUCUCGUGAAGAGCAGCCUUGUCCUCGUUCUGUUGUUACUAGGUCUCAAGAGUGAGGCAGUCACGAGUCCCGUUGAAGUUCAAUGGAAUCAUCGAGAACGUCCUUACUGUGAUUUUCAGGAUCAUGCAGGGGUUCAUGGAAUCUCAGACUUGCUGAGCUGUAUAGAUUAUUUGGCGUCACAAAUGGGGAGUCAGAGGGUGGCUAAAAGGGCUGAUGAGGAAAACAGAUUUUUUCCCGCACCAAAGAGGACGGAAUCUUACGGUUUCACCCGAUAUUCGCCACAUCAAGAAUCACGGGACUACUAUAAACCCAAUUCCUUGCAUGAAGGCUCUCUGUACUCGGGUAAUCCCCCUGCACCACACAGAUACCCACCUGCACUGCCACCAGGCUAUCCCCUCGAACCCACCUCGAAUUACAGUCCCGGAAUUUUGGGUGUCAACUUGCUCGAUGCACUGUCCUCCAUAUCACAAUACGACGAUCGUAAAUGCGUUCCCAGAAUUCUCUGCGAGGUUGCCACUGGCGUGAUACCCGGCAAUUCCGAGUACAAGCAGAAUUACGGGGGCUUCGGUAUGAACUCACUUGUCAGUUUUUUAACGGCUUUUGACACUCCAGCGUCAUCACCACUGCUGACCUUUGGUAAAUCUGCUUUGAUGGGCUAUACCAACAGAGGGAAUCCAGAUGUCUGCUAUCGACAGUACCCAAGAUGCCCCAGGGAACCCAGUGCUCUUGUCGAUUACCUUAAUAAUUAUAAUGGUGGGUUCUUCAGAUUCUUCAGAAACAAAAAUUCAGGUCUGAGCUAUCGAGCUGCUGUUAAUCACCGACCAGCGCUCCCUCCAGGCAUAUCUGGUCCUGAAUCUGAUCGUAAAGGUACGGGUAGUCUGACAUUUGACAGCCCGUCAAACUAUCCCAUCGAUGUAACUGAUUUCAAGAACAACAACAUCCCUUCAGAAACCCAUCGGAUCGAGAGAGUUAUUUUCCCUGGAGCGUUUUCAUCCUCCACAAGAAAAACUAAAUCGCUGAAUUUUGGAAAACAAUCCUCAUUUUUCCCCAAUUGAUGCAGAAAAGGAAACUCUGAGUGUCCUCUAUGGAACUAAUUACAACCCGAUGAAAACAGGAACAACGAACUUGUCACCCUGCGAAAUGAAUAAAAAAAAAAAAAAAUAUUUAUUAAGAAGAACCAUCUUCAACUUUAAUUAUCACCCUCUGGCACUUUGUGCGCAUGAGGACUCUUGAAAAAUAAGUUUGUCGUGGGAAAGUUAUUCGUCUACCUUAGAAAGAAAAACUUUUACCCCUUAAUCCACUUCCUCAGUCACCUUAAGAUGCUUGUCACCCUAGGACUAACUAUUCAAUACCUCCAAAGCCCAUCUAGGGGGAAAAAGAUCUUUUCUUCAGCAGAAGCGAAUCUCAUUCAAGACUCAUUGUUGAGGAGAUAGAAUCCUCAGUACCUUUUUGCCUGGUUCUUUGAAUGGGAUUGGCUUCUGAGCCUCUUCCAAUGCACCAGGUGGCACUCUGCUGAUGCACCCAUGGGCUGCAGCAGGUGGCGAUAAGUUCAGGUCCCACGAAGCGAAUAUCUGGAGCGGGAACCCCACGCAAGGUGCCACAGUUACAUAGGGUGCCUCAUGCAUUGUCACAAGACGAUGCACCAAGUGCACACGACGUGUCAAAUACACUCAGAUAUCCAAUUGUCGGCUCUAUUAUCGAAUGUAUUAAGCGGCUGAGUAUAAUUAGAACAGGUUGACAGUAAUUAGUGGUAAAGACACAAAAGUCUACAUGUAAAUCGAGAGAUUCAAACCCGUGAAUUAUGAACUCAAUCUAGUUGACUAAAAGAGUAAAAAUAUAAAUUAUAAGACUAAUAAUGUAAACGACAAUUUCUGCCUCGGAAUUUUAAGUUUAGAAUUGUAAUUUACUUUUCUAAUCUGGUAAUUUAACAGACUCAAAACCACAUCAAUUAAGGUCUAAAAUUUGUAUUUUACCAUUAACUUUUUCUGUUGGUAAAUUGAUGAUUUUUAGGAAUUAUUUGAUAGUCCUAGCAGAAGGUAUGCAUGAUUACAUUCUAGUAUAAACAAACUCUAGAUUACUUAUUGAGUGUUUGAGAAGAAUAAAUCUAAAAUACCUAAUAAUUAUAAACAUUUGUUUGCAAGAAUUCAUAUAAUGAACCGUACCUUUGACGGGUUUGAGGAAUGGCUUCAUUUUUUACUUCUCGUGGAUGGUUUUUUAUUCAAUUAUACAUUGAAACAGCUCACCAGAUAGUACGUGGCCUGAAAAGUAAUUUGCGACAUUUCUCAUCAGGUAAAUUACAAUUUUCCACUGCAGAAAUGAAAAAUGCGACAAAAAAUUUGUAAUUCGCGAACUUAAAAUUUUCUUAACAAAAAUAUGCUUAUUUUCUGUUUUAUUCCUUUGAAUGUAUUUCAAUCUCUUGAUUCCGGUUAUUAUUCUGAUUUCAUG